ACAUUUGGAGCAGCACUGUCGCGCAAUUAGCUGUUUUGUCUCUCCAGAUUCAAUUGGUUUUUCUCUGUGGCUUUUCACCUGGAAAACUCAUUGGGAUUACUGUGAAUUUGUGUUGUGCUGAAGCAUGGACAAAUGGUGAAUAUUUUGCUGUACCCCUGAAUUGUUCAGAACACACAAGAGACCCGGAAAAACGAUGAUUAUUCAGGAGCCUAUUCAGGCAGCCAUUUGGCAUUGUUUGAACCACUACGCCUUCCGGGAUGCCACUUUUCUGGCUGAGAAACUCUGUUCAGAAGUGGAAACCGAGGAGUCUAUCUUUCUUCUGGCCACUUGCUACUACCGUUCCGGACAAGUGCACCAGGCCUUCUGGCUGCUGCAGUCCAAAGGUGCCCGGACGCCUCAGUCACGCUUCCUUCUUGCCAAGUGCGCCAUCGAGCUAAAUCAGAUUCACGCGGCUGAAUCUGCUCUAUCUAAUGAGGACUUCACGAAAGCGAAGACUCUCGAUGACAUCUGCAAGGAUUUCGGUGAGAUUGCAUGCUUCGCGUUGCAGCUCAUUGCAAAAAUCUGCACAAAAACAGAGAGAUCGGCAUUGGCCAAUGAUGCUCUGUUUCGCAGCCUCAAGCUCAAUCCCUUCCUCUGGCAUUCAUUUGCCGAUCUGUGCGAUCGAGGCGAGAAGCCCGAUCCGCAGGCAAUUUUCCAACUGAGCAGCACGGACAUCUUCGCUACGUGCCAGAGUCAGAGUCAGAGUCAGUGUGUGGUGAUGAGUGGAGAUGUGGGAGGAACUCCUCUGGCCACAUGCAAUAAUUCCAGCAUCCUGUCCACCCCCGUGGAUCAGUGCAUCGUGCAAAGCAGCGGAUUAAUUGUUCCCAAGGUGCUGACAAUGGAUGAGACACCUAGACUGACACCAGGGUCAGAGACAUUGGGUGGAAGUGAGGCUGAGACGCCACUUAAGAAGCAGUUCAAGUAUCUCUCGAGCAUAAGUCCCAUAACGCCGAGUUUUGGGGUUCUGCCACUGAAUAGUUCGACUGAGGGUGGUAGUCCAGGUUUGGUGGGGACGCCGGGUCAGACGUUAGUUGAGGUGAAUGAUCAGAAGGGGAGUGGUAAGAAGAAGGGUACGACGGGACAGUGUGUGAUUAAUCGAAAGGAAGGUCCACUGCAGCAAACAAAGCCAAUGCUCAAUAAUCAGACUGGUAAUUAUCCAAGUAGACCGCAACAGGCGCCCGGUGGUGGUAUGACGGGUCAGAGUGUUCGGCGGAGUUCGAGAUUGUUCAGUAGUAGUUAUUCGGUGAAGGAGAACAGCAAAAGUAGUCAGAAUAUUAAUAAAUUUGUCACACCGCGAUCACCGUCGCGCAAAACGAAGACCCAGAGGAUAUCGAUAAUUAAUGCGACGUUGGAUGAGAGGAAGAUGGGGGAGAAGGAGAAGGUGGAAACGGUAACGUCGGCUGAGAGUAAGGUGUUGCUCAAUAAUAGCAUCAAUGCAGCACAGAGUUUGCUGGCCAUGAAGAGGCAGAGUGCUGAGGGGCUGCUGCAGUUACUGCGUGAACUGGGUCAGGGGUAUUUGCAAUUGAGUCAGUACAACACGAGGGAGGCCAUUGAGCAUUUUGGUAGUGUACCUACGCAACAUUAUACGAGUAGUUGGGUGCAGAGUAUGAUAGCACUAGCGUGGCAUGAACAGCGGGAUUAUGAGAAGGCUACGAAGAUUUUUAAGGAGAUUCAUGAGAGGGAGCCACAUAGGUUGCAUCUGAUGGAGGUUUAUAGUACGGCUCUGUGGGCAUUGCAGAGGGAGGUGUCACUGUCGGCACUGGCACAGGAUCUAAUGGGACAGGAUAAGAAUAGUCCGAUUCCGUGGUGUGUAGCGGGAAAUUGUUUUUCGUUGCAUAAGGAACAUGAGAUUGCCAUAAAGUUCUUUGAGAGAGCGGUGCAGGUUGAUCCGGAAUUUGUUUAUUCGUAUACAUUGCUGGGACAUGAAUUUGUCAUAACGGAAGAAUUGGAGAAGGCUAUGUCGUCAUUUAGGACGGCAAUUGUGAAGAAUCAUCGACACUACAAUGCGUGGUUUGGUAUUGGGACAAUCUAUUCGAAGCAGGAGAGGCAUGGUUUAGCGGAAAUUCACUAUCAGAAUGCGUUAAAGAUUAAUCCUAGAAAUUCAGUUAUAAUGGUACAUAUUGGUGUAGCUCAGAGUUUUCUCAAUCACAAUGAUCGAGCUAUGCAGACAUUCAAUUUGGCCAUGAAGCUGGAUGCCAAAGAUCCACUGUGUAAAUUCCAUCGGGCUACCAUGUUUUUCAAGAUGGGCAAAUACGAGGAGGCUCUCAGGGAAUUGGAGCAGUUGAAGGAGCUUGUGCCCAAGGAAAGUGUCGUGUACUAUUUAAUUGGGAAGAUUCACAAGAAAUUGGGCAAUGGAGAUCUGGCUCUUAUGCAUUUCAGUUGGGCUACAGAUCUCGAUCCCAAAGGUGCCAAUAAUCAAGUUCGUGAAACCUUCGAUACGACGAGUAGUGUUGUUGAAGGUGCAACAACAACACCCAGUGUCAAUCCAUCAGGAAGUGCUCUGGAAUCGAAUCCCAAUGAUCAGGAACCGGCAUCUGAGCGCAGUGAUGAUUCCACACAAGUGCGCACAGAUGAACCGGAAUACAGUAAUCCAUACGAUAGUGAGGGUUACUGAUAUGUGAUAUUGUGAGAAAUUGUACAGACACAGGAGACGAUUUGAAUGGUGUGAAAAAAAAGAGAGAGACAGAGAGAGAGAAUCAGGGUGCUGAACCCCCAUCCCAAAUAAAAAAAAAGCUUCCCGAGCUGUACUGAUAAAAAAAAAUACCCCGCAGGCUGGAUCACAACACCCACGUAUAUUUUUACUCGAAAACAUAAUGAAUAGAUCCUAUUUAUCGAUAUAGAAACUCAAACUCUUUUUUUUUGUAAUUGUUUAGGAAAGAAUAAAUUUUUGUAGAUUGCUUAAGUUACUUUCGUAAUAAUUUAGAUGUUUAUUUUAUAAAUUACAAGAAUGAGUAGUGGCCUGCCAAUAAAAUGAAUCAUGCAAAUUACAAA